CUCUCCUCUACUUCGUGGUUGAAAAAGCGUCAGCCCAAAACAGAAGAGGCACAACUUGAACUUGUAAAUGCUAAAUAAUGUUCAACAGCAAUGGCUACUUACAACACGCUGCAGGAUCGUAUCAGAGUAGCCAAGGAGCUGCUUGAGCGAGUGGACAAAAUCUGCAGCCGCCAAGGCCGAGAGGUAGAGGGACGUGCAAAACUGUGCAGUAAACUCCGCGCUGAGCUUAAGUUCCUGCAGAAGGUGGAGGCCGGCAAGGUCGUGAUCAAGGAAUCACAUCUUCAAAGCACAAAUCUCACUCAUCUGAAGGCCAUCGUUGAGUCUGCUGAGAGUUUGGAGAAGGUGGUGAGCGUCCUGCAUGUGUUUGCCUAUGAGAGUCCUGACGGCCAGAAGCAGACGCUAGUGGUGGAUGUGGUGGCGAAUGGAGGACAUACAUGGGUCAAAUCCAUCGGGCGCAAGGCGGAGGCGCUGCACAAUAUCUGGCAAGGCCGUGGGCAGUAUGGGGAUAAAAGCGUCAUUCGGCAAGCAGAAGAUUUUCUUGAGGCAAGUCAGCAGCAGCCGGUGCAGUACAGCAACCCUCACAUUAUAUUCGCCUUCUAUAAUGGCGUUUCCAGCCCGAUGGCAGACAAGCUCAAAGAAAUGGGCAUUUCGGUGAGAGGCGACAUUGUUGCUGUUAACACGAUUGAAGGUGGAGAAGAGGAGGAUGAAGAAGACCAGGAGGGAGAUCACGAAGAGCUGGUUGAGGAAGAAGAGGAUGGUGAAGAUGAUAAUGAUGACGAUGACGAUGAUACAGACCUCACGCACACUCGAGUCGAUCGAGAUACCAUUGUGGCCAGUCUCGCCUUCCCUACUGAGGUGAAAGUGGAUGUGUGCAAUAGGGUGAACCUCGACAUAACCACGCUUAUCACAUACGUGUCAUCUCUGAGCCACGGCAACUGCCACUUCACUUUUAAAGAGGUAGUUCUGACGGAGCAGGCGGCGCAAGAACGCCAAGAGAAAGUCCUGCCGCGGCUGGAGGAGUUCAUGAAGGGGAAAGAGCUGUUUGCUUGUCAAUCUGCGGUAGAAGAUUUCCGUGUGAUUCUGGACACUUUAGGAGGCCCAGGAGAGAAAUCCCGAGCUGAGGAGCUUCUGGCGAGGCUCAAAGUUGUUCCGGAUCAACCGUCCGAGCGCACUCAGCGAUUGGUCAUGAGCUCGAAGGUGAACCGUAGAUCGCUGAUGAUCUUUGGGACGGGGGACACGCUGCGGGCCAUCACUAUGACUGCUAAUAGCGGAUUCGUUCGAGCUGCUGCUAAUCAGGGUGUGCGCUUCAGCGUGUUCAUCCAUCAACCUCGUGCUCUCACUGAGGGGAAAGAAUGGAGAGCGACUCCUAUUUGACUGAAGACAUACAUCAGCAUUUAGUGUUUGAGGUUUAUGUCAUAUUAGAGACGUGCGUAUAUGUAAUCCUGCUUAAAACCAGAGGCACUACUGUAUAGCAAAUAUAUCGCACGGCUGGUUGCAGAUUCAAACCCUCAGCAAUCUUUCUGGAAACUCUGUGAGCACUGUGCCUCGAUUGCAGCACUCCAAUGCAAAGCCAAAAAAGAUGUCAGAUUAACCAAAUGUAUAAUU